UCAUGAGGAUCCACCUUAGAUUGAUUUUGCCGAUUAAAGUAGUUCAUAAGCAGUCGGAGAGAGGCAAGCUUGAGAAAACAACGGUAAUGAAGAAAGGCUAUUUAUUUCCUCCUAAAAAAGGAUUAGAAAAAGAAGAAGAAAAGAAGAGGCUAGCUUGAUACCGCCGGAACACUUGACCCGGGCUACAUUUUCUACACGGACAACUUUGCAGAGCCGACCAAAACCAAGAGCAAGGCAAAAUGGAAGUGAAGAACGCUAACGCUGCCAUGCUCAGUAACUACGAGGUGUUCAAACUCCUGACAGACCUGAAGGAACAAAGGAAGGACAGCGGAAAGAACAAGCACAGUGCCGGGCAGCAGAACUUAAACACCAUCAUGUAUGAGACACUGAAGUACUUGUCGAAGAUGCCCUGCAGCAGACAGAGUCCAGAGAUCGUCAAAGAGUUCCUCACCACCAUGAUGCCCCACAAACUCACAAAGGCAGAGAAGCUGCAGCUACUGAACCACCGGCCACAGACGGCAGUGGAAAUUCAGCUAAUGGUAGAAGAGAGUGAGGAGCGUUUAUCGGAGGAGCAGAUUGAGGAGCUCAUCCAGACAGUUGCAGACGUCCUGCCCGGUGACCCUGAGCAGGAGAACGCAGCUCCAGCAGAGGUGGAGAUGGAUGAAGGCGGUGAACAGUCAUGACACAGUGGCUGGCCAGAAAUGACAGGUGAAGAACGUGGAGUGAAGGUCAAAAUUAUCACAGAACUGGACUGUUUGCUUUUACCUGAACCAUUUUGCAUCGCUGCUUGAACUGAACCUGAACAACAUGCUGACAGGAAGGAUGCACAAUGGCUGCCUUACCUCUGAAACGUUUCAUUAAAUGAUUCACAUUAAGGUGGAGGUCAUUUGGACAGUGAGUCACACUUAGACUUGUUUUGCAACUGACUCGUCUAAUUUGUAUUUCACAUCAGAUAAUGUUCAUGCAGAGACAGUCUGCCAUUAACCUGUUAUAUUUUUGGUUUCUUACUUAAUGUUAGUUGCCAGUGUCUACCAUGUAGCAUAGAAAUAAGGGUUUUUGCUACUUUAUCAUUUCCAAAGCUGUAAUAUAUAUAUCAGUCACGCAAUGUAAACUUGCAUUUGUCAGACAGUAUUAUUAGAGUGGCUGUGUAAUAACAAAGAGAGUAAAAAGGAGGGACCAAGA